AUGCCUAUGGGCCAUGAUGCACCAAUCGACGAUUUUUUUCUCUUUGAGGUGGUUAGCAGUAGUUCUACGCGCGGGGAAAACCAACUAACUUACACUCACCUUGAGGACAUCCUUGUAGCGCUCAAUACUGGUACUAUAAAUCUGCAAGCGGGUCGACAGCUUAUCGAAUUUUUACAUCAGGAUCCUGCACAAAAUGUCCAAUCGCUUAUAAACGACCGACAACUAGAACAAAUAACUGAUGAAAAGACUAUCGAACAACUUUGUCUACAGGCGAUUGAGCGUAACGAACAGGCAGUAAAACAAUACAAAAGCGGCAAAAAGAAAGCACUGUUUGCUAUUGUAGGCGAAGUGUCCAAGUUGUCCAAACAGAGGGCUAACAUGAAAGUUGUAGUCGCUUACCUGGAGAAAAUAUUAAAUUCGCAAUAAAAAUGAAACAAAGGAAAAAUACAAA